CCAUUAAACUACGACAACCACCCCACAAUAUUCAAAUACCACUUCUCUAAUAUUUACUCUGACAAUUAAUACUUAUAACAACACUUCCAACCACUUUUACAAUAAAUACUUCUCUACAUGUUUUAAAUCCCAUACCAAAUGCUACUGUUCCAUCACAAACUCCCCCACUGUCUUUUUCCAAAUCCCAUUACCCCUAUGCCACAACCUAAUGCCACCCUUAGCCUACCACCACCACGCGGUAUUUCUUCCAGGUUAUGUUAUACCGUGGAUCCUUCUCCCAUUGCCCGAGCUCCUGUUAUAUUCUCUCUUUGUCGGAGAUUUGUCUGGCCAGUGCUUUCUCUACCCUAUUCUCCGCAUUUCAGCACAAUAGGACUUUUGUGUUUAACUGUAGCAACCGUAAUUUUCUUGAUUAAUUUGGUUAUGAUUUCUCAUAUUCAAACCUUAAAGGUUUUGUCUUGUUUUCGAAAUAUUGAAAACUUAUGACAUAUUUGAAGCUUGUGAGACUUCUGAAACAUUCAAUAGGUAUUUUUCUGAAAUUCCUGACGCUAUAAAACCAUAUUUGGACAAAAUCUGUGAAGUUGAAUGUCAAUUGUGGUGUUUAAUGCGUAGCCUCCUUACUCUACUUAAUGAAAAAGAGUGGCCGGAAAUUUGUAUGGAAUUAUUAGAAGAGUUAAGAGACAAGAAGCUUAUGUAUAAGGAAUUGUAUGGAGAUGAAUUUAUAACUAUAUUUCUUCUUAAAUAUUAUGUUGUUUUCGUUUA